GUUCUAUGCCCUAGUUGCGGCCCUUUAGGGCUAAAAUAGGUCAGGCCACACACCGCCCAGUCGCCGACCUCCGUUGUGUACAACACUGAAGUUAGAACAUGGCCGGUGUCACCCUCCAGCUCUACACUGUCGAUGCCUUCACUGACGUCCCCUUCAAAGGCAACCCGGCCGCCAUCUGUCCCUUGCCGUCCGAUGUUAAUCUAGACGAUGAUAUCCUGCAGAAGAUUGCCGUGGAGAUGAACCUGUCUGAUACUGCAUUUAUCAAACUUUUACAUAAGUCGGAUAGUUUUAAAGAAAGUAAUACGUUUGGUUUGAGGUGGUUCACUCCAAAGGACGAGGUCAAACUAUGCGGUCACGCAACUUUGGCUUCAGCAGCUGUUUUGUUCGGGAAAUUGGACAACAAACAUGACCGUAUCGUGUUUAAGACACUAAGUGGAGAUUUGAUCGUUCAACGGGAGGGUCAGUCGAUUCACAUGGAUUUCCCCGUUGGCACUACUGUGAAAGAGGACCAAAGUCAACAUGAGCAGAUUGUAGCGUCGUUAGGGGAUGUGUCCGGUAUUAGCGACAUCGUCUACUGCGACUCCCUGCGUUAUCUACUUGUACGACUUCACGACGGAUGGUCCAGAGAAGAAUUUGAGACUUGGACGCCUGAUAUAUCAGCCAUGGAGAGAUCCGCUGAUAGACUGUUUGGUCUAAUUGUCACCACCAGAGGGCCUCCCGGAGAUGGUUACCAGAGUGACGGUGGCGCCCCCUACGACUUUGUGUCUCGUUGUUUUGUACCUUGGGGAAAUAUACCGGAAGACCCUGUUACCGGAUCUGCGCAGACAGUUCUAGCGCAUUACUGGGCACAACAGUUAGGAAAGAAUGAUUUCUUUACGAGACAGUGUUCUGCACGAGGUGGGGAGAUUGUGGUCAAGCUGAGAGGUGACCGGGUGGAACUGCUGGGUAAAGCCGCCUUUGUCAUGGAUGGAGUGAUGAAACUGUAGCCACAAUAACUAGAAGCAGCUCGACAAUCUGAAUAGUUCAGCGGUAACAGGACCACUCAUCCAGCUUGGCAAUGAUGCAAUGCUUUUCCAGUAGUGUCAUAGUCGCUUAUCAUUACGAAACAGGUGCUUGUUGUCAAGAAUACCUUCAUUGAUGGGGGAAAGGCCUAGUUGUGUUGCUUUGAAUAAAGAAUUAUUUCUCAU